GCCAAGCCCAUGGAUGGUGUGAUAUAAAAUACAACUACCGAGCCCGGGUUUGAAAAUAGAAAAUAAGUACAGUUUCGUACAGUGCACCCAGCGUAAUCCCGCUCACGCCUCACUUCCGGAUAGUGAAACUGACAAAAUAAUAUAAAUAUAUUCUGUGAUUCUCACUAAUAGUGACUGUUUUAUUUAACAUUUGAUAUUCUGACAGAUACGGGAUAUAACAAUGUUUCCGGAACUUCAAGAAAUUAUCGAUUUGGACCUAACUUCACUCCGAAAUGGCAAUCUGAUUUUGAUGUCAGAAAAUGGUUUGGAUGCCAGUUUCUUGAUCCAUCAUUUCCUCUCAUAUUUCUUGAAGAAUAAGUGUAAUGUAUGUUUUGUUGGAUUCUGCCAGACAUUUGGACAUUAUAACACAGUGGCACAGAAGCUUGGAACAAAUUUAAAUGUUGCGAAACAGAAUGGACAGUUGGUUUUUAUAGAGGCGCUCAAGACAACAACUCAGAAUCUUGUAACACCAUCAAACAAUCCAUUUGAUUGCAUUGAUAAAGAACUUUCAAUACAAAGUAUUUAUGAGCUUAUAAAAUCUGCAGUUGAGAAUCUACAGCAGUCAUCAAAAACACCAACUCUGAUCUUAUUCGACAACCUAAGUAUAAUGCAGUAUGUCGGAGUCGAAACACUUCAUAUUGUCUCCCUUGUUCAAUAUCUAAGAACCUGUAAAACCUUCGAAAACACAACAAUAGCAGCUAUGGUAACAAAUGAUCAGAACAUUGAUGAUGAAGAUGCAUCGUUGCUAUGGAAACAUCUGUGUCACCAUAGUGAUCUCACGAUUGAAGCAAAUUGUCUUCCCAGUGGCUAUUUGAAAGAAGUUCAUGGAGAAAUAAUUGCAAAAUGGAAGGAUCCUCUAGGACUGGCAAAAUCGGCAAGAAAACCUCAAUCUGCCCAAUACAGAAUUAAGGACAAAAAUGUGACUUUCUUUGCAAAAGGGACAUCCAAAAUGGUUUUGUGAAUCAAUUAUCU